AUGCAAGAAAUUAAUGAAUAUGAGCGUCAAAGACAGCUGAAUAUUAAAAGGAAUCAAGAGCUUUUAAAAAAACUUGAAUUAGGCAAUAUUUUAAAAAAAAAAAUAAAUAUUGAAGCCAAUUCUACAAAAAAGAGAACUUCAGAUAAAAAAAAAGAAAGAAAAAAAGAUUAUAGCACUUUUCCUAGAAGGAAUUCAUCUAGGCUUCUUGGAUUAUCGUUAAAGUUAGAUCUUAUAAACAAUAAAUCAGAAGAAACAAAUCUAAAAAAAGAAACACAACAAACAAAGCGCGUACAUGGGGAUUUAAAAUUAAGCGAGAUUAUCGAAAAAUCCUAUGAUUGGGAAGAUGCUAAGAAAGUGAUUCAGGAUGUAACAUAUUGUACACUUAAAUCUUACGAAAAAAAUGAGUCUACUGAAAUUAUAGAUAAAGAUAUUGCUCAAUUGAAACAAAAAAUGCAAUCACUUGAAUUAUACAAAAAAUGGGACCCACAACACUUAAAAGUUGUUCCAGAAAGAAUAUCGUCUCUUACUAUCCAUCCUAAUAUAACUAAAAAAAUCGUAUUUGCAGGAGAUAAAGUUGGUAAUAUGGGUAUUUGGGAUAUGGAUGGUUCCAAAACAAAUAAAAUAAAAAAUGAAGAUGAAGAAGAAGCAUUAGAAGAGCCAUUGAUUCACCAUUAUAAGCUGCAUUCAGGGUCUAUUUCAUCACUUAAAUUUAAUCCUUUUUCUACAAAUAUACUUUAUUCUUCAUCAUAUGAUGGUAUAGUUCGCGCUUUACACUUAGACAAAGAACUAUCAACGGAAAUAUACGUUCAACAAAACAAUAGCUUAAAUGUGAUGCCUUUAAUUUCUGCAUUAACUGUCCAUCCUAAAGGAGAUCAAAUAUAUCUUACUACAACUGAUGGACAAUUUAUAAUGAAAGACCUUAAUUCUCAAAACGUGACAUCUUAUCAAUUACAUGAUAAAAAAAUAGGUGGACUUUCUGUCCAUCCAUCUUCUCCAUAUCUUAUUUGCACUGCCUCUUUAGAUCGUACAAUGAAAAUAUGGGAUCUUCGUACAAUUAAUAAUUCCAAGAAACCAAUACCUCUAGGCGUAUAUACAUCACGUUUAAGUGUCAGCUCAGCAUUCUGGAAUUCCGAAGGUUCAAUUAUUGCAACAAGUUAUGAUGAUACAGUUACAAUUUUUGAUAAUCCAAACUAUAAAUUGUGGAACGUUAAUACAAGUCUAGAUGACUUAUCACCUACAUAUACUAUUAAGCAUAACAAUCAGACAGGAAGAUGGGUCACAAUUUUACGUGCUCAAUGGCAUGAAAAUCCGUCUUCUGGUAUACAAAAAUUCACAAUAGGGAAUAUGCAAAGAUAUAUAGAUAUUUAUAGCAGCAAAGGCAUUUAUCUUUCUUGCCUAGGUGAUAGUGAAAAAAUCACAGCCGUUCCAGCUGUAUGUCAAUUUCAUCCAACUCAAGAUUGGGUCGUAGGAGGAUCAGCAUCAGGAAAAAUUGUUGCUUAUCUUCCUCCAGAAGAACAAUCUUUGACAUAG